AUGCUGCUGCUGCUCCUCUUCUCCGCCUCACGCGCCGCAGCCGCAGCCGCAGCCGCAGCGAAGCCUCGCUCCCCUGAACCCCUCGCCGCCGCCGCCGCCGCCUCCUUCUUGCUACGCCGCCACCUCGCCGCAGGCAUGGCGGCCGCACCGGCCUCGGCCUCCGCGGCGGCGGCAGCGGGGAACCGCGAGGCGUUCCGCGUGGCGGUGACCAACACGCUGGAGAGGCGGCUCUUCUACGUCCCGUCCUUCAAGAUCUACGGCGGCGUCGCGGGUCUCUACGACUACGGGCCCCCCGGGUGCGCCGUCAAGGCCAACGUCCUCGCCUUCUGGCGCCAGCAUUUCGUAUUGGAGGAGGGGAUGCUAGAGGUGGACUGUCCAUGUGUAACACCUGAAGUUGUCUUGAAGGCCUCUGGCCAUGUCGACAAAUUUACAGAUCUAAUGGUUAAAGAUGAAAAGACAGGCACCUGCUAUCGUGCUGAUCAUUUACUCAAGGACUUCUGCAAGGAUAAGCUUGAGAAGGACAACACAUUGUCACCAGAGAAGGCAGCAGAAUUCAACCAUGUUCUCGCUGUCUUGGAUGAUCUGUCUGCAGAGCAGUUGGGUGCUAAGAUCAAGGAGUAUGGCAUUGUUGCUCCAGACACCAAGAACCCAUUGUCAGACCCAUACCCCUUCAAUCUCAUGUUUCAAACUUUAAUUGGACCAUCAGGCUUGAGCCCAGGGUAUAUGAGGCCAGAGACAGCACAAGGUAUCUUUGUGAACUUCAAAGACUUGUAUUACUACAACGGCAACAAGCUACCCUUUGCCGCAGCACAGAUUGGUCAGGCCUUCAGAAAUGAGAUAUCUCCUCGCCAAGGUCUUCUGCGAGUCCGAGAGUUUACUUUAGCAGAGAUUGAGCACUUUGUAGACCCAGAGGACAAAUCCCACCCAAAGUUUCGUGAUGUUUCUGAUCUAGAGUUCUUGAUGUUUCCAAGAGAACAACAACUGACAGGAAAAUCAGCCAUGAAACUUAACAUUGGACAGGCUGUAUCUGAGGGAACUGUUAACAAUGAAACCCUUGGCUACUUUAUUGGAAGGGUGUAUCUCUUCUUGACACAGCUUGGAAUUGACAAAGAUCGUUUACGGUUCCGACAGCACCUGCCAAAUGAAAUGGCUCACUAUGCUGCUGAUUGCUGGGAUGCAGAGAUUGAAUGCUCAUUUGGGUGGAUUGAGUGUGUUGGAAUUGCUGAUAGAUCUGCAUAUGAUUUGCGUGCUCACUCGGAUAAAAGUGGUGUUGCACUUGAAGCACAUGAAAAGUUUGCAGAACCCAGAGAAGUGGAGAAGCUAGUUAUAACCCCAUCAAAGAAGGAACUAGGUCUUGCAUUUAAAGGAAAUCAAAGGAUGGUUCUUGAAGCACUGGAGGCAAUGAGCGAGAGUGAAGCUUUGGAUAUGAAAUCAGCUUUAGAGUCUAAAGGGGAGGUGGAAUUUAAGGUGUGUACUCUUGGGAAAGAUGUCACCAUAAAGAACAACAUGGUUUCAAUUAACAUGGAGAAGAAAAAGGAACAUCAAAGGAAAUUUACUCCUUCUGUCAUAGAGCCAUCCUUUGGCAUAGGGAGAAUUAUUUACUGUUUGUUCGAACAUUGCUUCUACCAAAGACCUGGGAAGGCGGAGGAUGAGCAGUUGAAUGUAUUUGGUUUCCCCCCUCUUGUUGCUCCCAUCAAGUGCACUGUCUUUCCACUGGUGAAGAUUGAAAAGUUUGAAGUUGUUGCCAAGAAAAUUUCGAAAGCAUUGACGACAGCUGGGAUCUCUCACAUUAUCGAUAUGACAGGUAACACGAUUGGUAAGCGUUAUGCGAGGACAGAUGAAAUCGGUGUCCCCCUGGCAAUCACGGUCGACAACACGACGAGCGUGACCGUCCGUGACCGGGACAGCAAGGAUCAGAUCCGCGUCGAGGUCGACGAGGUGGCCUCAGUGGUGAAGGAAGUAACAGACGGGCAGAGCACCUGGGCAGACAUCAUGUGGAGGUACCCGGCCCACACCGCCUCGGCUGCUGAUGAGGAAGCAUCAUAAACCUGAAGGUGAAGAAGAGGGGGGCCAAGCAGUGCAACAGCCCUGGGAUUAACUUGGCUGCUGCCAUCCUGCUUUUCUGAUACGUGUUUUUAACAGCUUGGUAAUGCAGCACUGAGCGUUGUUCUGUAAUCUCGAUGAAUUCUUUACAUAUUUGCAGAUGAUCUCCUGUUUUUUGUUGAUAUCUGGAGUGGCCUACCACUGAUUAGUUCCGUGUAAUUCGCUUUUGCUCGUGAAUGUGUCUGUAUCCUGUGAAUGUGUGAUCAAUGGUCUUUACAUUGUCA